GCGGCGAAAGAAGUCGAGAAGUACACCGAGGUCGAGAGAUAUCCAACAAAAAAAGCUUGCAGAGCGUACAGAGGCUUGAGGACGCAGACGAUUGAGACGACAGAGGCAGAGUGGAAGUUGAAACCAAGUUCCGAGCCGCAUGUGACUCAGUCGCAGCCGUCGAUGGCGCCAUCGCUGGACAUUGAGCACCAUGGCGAGGGACACAUGUCCCGAUUGCUCAUCACCGCUCUAGAUGCCGCGGCGGCGCUCUCACCAACAUAAACGUCCGCAAUGCCAGUAGCACACGGACCCCAAGCUCGCGGAGAACCGUCAGAAAUGUCGCCCUUGCUCAGCGACUCCUCCAGCAGCAGUGGCGCAGCGUCGGACGCGCCGCGCGAUGCGCCGUCUACGGGCAGGCUGCACCGCGGCCUCAGCGCGCGCCAGGUGCAGAUGAUCGCCAUCUCGGGGACCAUUGGGACAGGUCUUUUCCUAGGUACUGGAAAGUCCCUCGCAGAGGGCGGACCUGCUUCCAUCCUCAUUGCAUAUGCCAUCGUUGGCUUCAUCAUAUAUGUCACCCUCCUGCUGCUGGGUGAAAUGGCCACACAGUACCCCGUCGCCGGCUCCUUCACCGCGUAUGCGACACGCUUCUUCUCUCCCUCAUACGGCUUCGCACUCUCAUGGAAUUACUGGUUCAAUGACGCCGUCAGCAUGGCGGGUGAUCUCACCGCUGCACAGCUCGUCUUGCAAUUCUGGGGCGUUGAGCGUGCAUGGAUCGCUAGUCUGGUCUUCUGGGUAUUCCUCGUCACCACGAACUCGAUCAAUGUCAAGGCUUACGGCGAGCUCGAGUACUGGCUGUCGCUCCUCAAAGUGCUCACCAUCAUCGUAUUCAUCAUCCUUGGUAUCCUCGUGAACGUCGGCGUCAACACAGACCAUCACUACAUCGGCGGUCACAAUUGGCACAUCCCCGGCGCCCCCUUCGUCGGUGGUUUUGGAGGCUUUGCGAAAGUCUUCGUUACUGCAAGCUUUGCGUAUGGCGGGACUGAGUCCUUGGGUAUCACCGCAGGAGAGACGAAGAACCCAUCCAAGAACAUGCCGAGAGUGGUUAAGUUCGUCUUCUGGAGAAUCAUGUUGUUCUAUAUCCUCAGCAUUCUCUUGAUCGGGCUGAACGUCCCUUGGAAUUAUCCGAACUUGUCCAACCGGGAGGCAACAACGUCACCAUUUACCAUCGUCUUCAAGCAGGCAGGAUCUCACGCUGCAGCGUCAUUCAUCAACGCUGUUAUCCUCACAUCCGUACUCUCUGCGGGCAAUCAUGCGCUUUUCGCUGGCACGCGUGUUUUGUACGGACUCGCGACUGUCGAACCUCGCCAAGCCCCUCGAUUCUUUGGUUGGACAACCCGCCAGGGCGUCCCGCUGCCCGCGCUCUUGCUCACGAGCAGUAUCAGCGCUCUGUGCUUUGGGAGUAGCUUCGUUGGAAGCGGUGAGCUGUGGGGAUGGAUUCAGAAUAUAAUUGGAGUGUCGAAUCAGCUCGCUUGGCUGUCCAUCGGUCUUGCGUCCUGGCGCUUCCGUAGAGCAUGGCAGAAGCAGGGCCGCAGAUUGGAUGAGCUCAAGUUCCACCCCGCAUGGACGCGGCAUUGGGGACACUACUUCGUGAUCAUCGCGGUGGCUUUCCUUAUCAUCGUGCAAGGAUGGUCUUCCGUCAUACCGCACUUCAGCACGGUCGACUUCUUCUCCAUGUACCUCGAGAUCUUCGUCAUGAUUGGCAUGUUCAUCUUGUACAUGCUCAUCCGCCGACCGGAUUCUUUGGACCCGGCACGACUAGGCGCAGAUGUUGCGGAAGGCGAAACACGCCCGCGCCGCCGUAUCUGGUACUCCGAUCUCGUCGACACGAAAACUGUCGACCUUCAGCGCGAUCAGUACGAUGAGGAGGAAGAGGAGAGGACCGCCGACGAGAAGCGGGACCGGCGGUUAGAAUCUGGGAGGUUGAGGUACUUCUGGAAGGUCUGGUACUGGGUGGUCUGAAUGGAACAUAUUUAUCCUGGAUAUUAGUGUGGCUUAGAACGAUACCUAUGUAUUCCUUGUCUCUGCUAAACUACCGAAGAAGUUGUCGAGCAGGAGAGUUGACAGCUCAAGCGCCGCGGUGGUCUCCGAGCAUUGGGUGUACG